GGAAGAUUGUUAUUGUUUAUAUUGAAGACAGCGAGCUUUUCGAGACUGCUGGACAAAAUUGAAACUUGUUGAUAAUAUCGGCUAGUUCGAUCAGAGUUUCAUAGGACAUGAGUUCUUCUCCCAAUUCUGAAGACGACAGAAAAUCCGAUUUCAAUCCGCUACUGCUGGCAAGUGGAAAAAGAAAAAGUGCAUUUCUGCCCUACAAACCGACCAAUACCGUACUUACGAACUUGCAGCGUGGUAACACGGAAGCGAGUAUUCCUAGUGAAAUAUGUCUAAAUUUUCACGAGAAAACGGCCCAAGGCGAAAUCACAGAAGCGCAGGUGCGCGCGGAAAAAUCGGUUGAUGCGCUUGACUCCAAUGGAUUUGUCCCGUUGCAUUGGGCCUGCUUUUACGGACAGCUAGCGUCAGUGCAAAUUUUGAUCAACUGUGGAGCAAAGAUAAACCGACAGGCAAUCGAUAUGAUUACUCCAUUGCUUCUCGCAGCAGCGGGAGGGCAUCACGAGAUUGUUCGCCUGUUGCUUCAGAAAGGUGCUCUGGUGAAUCAUAUGGAUAUCAUGGGGAAUACAGCGUUGAUGUACGCUGCAGCUGGAAACCAUCCUCACACGUGUAAUGAGUUGCUCAACAGAGGUGCCAAUUUCACCGAUACCAAUGAGGACGAUGAGACGGCUUACAGUUUAGCUGUUAAGAAUAAUGCCAAUCUAGCUCAGGCUGUGCUGGAAAAUUACAUUUCUGCUUUGUUGAUGUCGUAACAUAUAUUUUAACAUAGUAACAUAGUAUUUUAACACAUGUUUUUUCUGUUAUAUAAAUAAUCAAAUUUAAUCUAAACUAUGUUGUAAUUGUAGUAAUGAUGAAUAUAUCUUUGUUUUGUUUUAA